AUGAGUUCGACUAAAAAACGCAAAUACAAUGACGAUUAUCUGAAAUACGGUUUUGUUUGCCUAACUAAAAAUGAUGGUGACCAUCCACAGUGCGUUAUCUGUUAUGAAGUUUUGAGCAAUGAUGCAUUAAGGCCCACUCGUCUGGAGAGACAUUUGUUGACAAAACACAGCGAUUUGAAGGACAAACCAAAAGAGUUUUUUGCUUCAAAAUCUGGAAGUUUAAAACGAAUGAAGUUGGACAGUACGGGAUCUUUUGCCGAGUCAAACCAAAAGCUACUUGAAGCUUCUUAUGAGUUAUCGUUUCUCAUCGCCAAAGAAAAAAAAAGCCAUAUUAUUGGAGAAACACUCGUCAAACCAUGUAUGUUAAAAGCAGCUGAGAUCGUUCUUGGACCAGAAAGUAAGCAAAAAUUACAACAAAUUUCACUUUCUGACAACACAGUAAAACGGCGCAUUGACGACAUGGCAGAGGAUAUAAAAAAACAAGUUGUAGACGCCGUGAAACAAUCGCCCUUUUUUACAAUACAAUUAGACGAGAGUACAGAUGUUGCACAAUGCUCUCAGUUGUUGGUUUUCGUACGAUAUAUUCAAAACGAAACAAUUCAAGACGAGAUGUUGUUUUCUACUGAGUUAACUACAACAACAAAAGCAGUUGAUGUGAUGGCUGCAGUCUCUGAAUUCUUCACUGAACAUGAGCUUUUAUGGGAAAAAUUGAUAGGCGUCUGCACAGAUGGCGCUCCUGCAAUGCUUGGCUCACGCUCCGGUUUUGUACAACUUGUUAAGGAAAAACAACCCAAUAUAAUCGCAAUCCACUGUUUUAUACAUCGUCAAGCAUUGGCAGCAAAAACACUACCCAGCGAACUGAAUGACGUGUUGAAACUUUGUAUCAAAGUAGUAAAUUCUAUAAAAAGGAGUGCGUUAAAUACACGACUUUUCACAGCGUUUUGUGAAGAUUUGGGAACUGAACAUAAAACAUUAUUGUUUCACACAGAAGUGCGCUGGCUCUCAAAGGGUAAUAUGCUGACAAGAUUAUUUGAACUUCGCGAUGAAGUAACACUAUUUCUCGAAAACCAAAAAAGCGAAUUAUGCAAUGAAUUCAAAAGUCCCAGUGUCCAAGUAGCGCUGGCUUAUUUGUCAGAUAUAUUUGAUUCAUUGAACUCAUUGAACUUGAAACUUCAAGGCGGAGAUUCAAAUAUAAUUUAUCACAGAGACGCCAUCAAGACUUUUACUGAAAAGUUACAACUUUGGGAUCGCAAAGUAUUAGCAGAGCCAUCUAAUUAUGUACAUUUUCCUAAAUUAUACAGUCUUUCAGAAGAAACGCGUUUUAUGGAUGUUUUUCAAGAUGCUGAAACUAAGAAAAAAAUAUCAAAUCAUUUGCGAUGCCUUACUGACGAGUUCAGUCGUUACUUUCCCAAUUCAUAUGAUGAUGACAUUUAUCGAUUGGCGACGGAUCCAUUCCAUGUUAACGUAGAUACUCUGCCAGAAACACUUCAAGAGGAAGCCUUGGACAUUAAAAAUAGUUCUGCAGCCAAAUACGAUUUUGAAAAAAUGAGUCCAUCAUUAUUUUGGGUGAAAAUUUUUUUAAUUUACCCCAAAAUAGCAAAAAAAGCACUUCAAUUGUAUUUACCCUUCUCAAGUACAUAUUUAUGCGAAAGGGGAUUUUCUGCCGUAGUCGCAAUAAAAACCAAGUACCGAAAUAAACUUGACAUUGGCAGUGAUUUGCGUUGUGCGAUUUCUAUGGUUAAACCGAGAAUUAUAAACCUCGUCAAAUCCAUGCAAGCUCAUCCAUCUCAUGGAAAUAAAUAG